GGCUACACUUUCCCUAGUAGUGCUCUUUAGGUUGUUAUUGUUCUUCUGUUCUGGCUUUCAUUGCAAGAAAGUAGCAGAUUCUUUGGGAGCAUCAGAGUCGUGAGAUUGAUUUGGGUUCUGGGUUUUCAAGAAAUCAGUCAAAUUUAAUCGAAGAAGAUGUUCGGGAGGGCGCCGAAGAAGAGCGAUAACACUCGGUACUAUGAGAUUCUGGGAGUGUCGCAGAACGCUUCUCAUGACGACUUGAAGAAGGCUUACAAGAAAGCCGCCAUCAAGAACCAUCCUGACAAGGGUGGAGAUCCUGAGAAAUUUAAAGAGUUGGCUCAGGCUUAUGAUGUUCUGAGUGACCCUGAGAAGCGUGAAAUCUAUGAUCAGUACGGUGAGGAUGCACUCAAGGAAGGAAUGGGUGGCGGUGGUGGCGGCCACGACCCAUUUGACAUCUUCUCAUCUUUCUUUGGUGGUAGCCCAUUUGGAGGUGGUGGCAGUAGCAGAGGCCGAAGACAGAGACGUGGAGAAGAUGUGGUCCACUCACUGAAGGUCUCUUUGGAGGACAUCUAUCUUGGGACCUCAAAGAAACUGUCUUUAUCGCGUAAUGUGUUAUGCUCCAAAUGUAAUGGUAAGGGGUCGAAAUCUGGGGCUUCGUCGAAGUGUGCGGGCUGUCAAGGAACUGGUAUGAAGGUCACAAUCAGGCACCUUGGCCCCUCUAUGAUUCAACAGAUGCAGCACGCUUGCAAUGAGUGCAAAGGUACUGGAGAGACCAUCAGUGACAAAGACCGCUGCACGCAGUGCAAAGGAGAAAAGGUUGUUCAAGAGAAGAAGGUGUUGGAAGUCAUUGUGGAGAAGGGUAUGCAAAGUGGACAGAAGAUAUCAUUCCCUGGUGAAGCAGAUGAAGCUCCUGAUACAGUCACUGGUGAUAUAGUGUUUAUCAUUCAUCAAAAAGAACAUCCAAAGUUCAAGAGAAAGGGUGAGGACCUUUUUGUGGAGCACUCUCUGUCCCUCACCGAGGCUCUCUGUGGCUUCCAGUUCGUUUUGACCCAUUUGGAUGGCAGGCAGCUGCUUAUCAAAUCAAACCCUGGUGAAGUUGUCAAGCCUGAUUCGUUUAAGGCGAUCAAUGAUGAAGGGAUGCCCCUCUACCAAAGGCCAUUCAUGAAGGGGAAGCUGUACAUUCAUUUCAAUGUGGACUUCCCAGAGUCUCUGAACCCAGAGCAGGUCAAGGCUUUGGAAGCUAUUCUUCCAUCAAAGCCAGGAGCAUCUCAGCUUACAGAUAUGGAGGUGGAUGAAUGUGAGGAGACAACUCUGCAUGAUGUGAACAUGGAGGAGGAGAUGAGGAGGAAGCAGCAGGCUCAGGCAGAGGCUUACGACGAGGAUGAUGACAUGCCUGGUGGUGCUCAGAGGGUGCAGUGCGCACAGCAGUGAUGAUAGUUUCUAGAACCUAUAGAAGUUCUCUGAAGUGAUGGGGGCUGAAGAACAACUGAUGACUGAGGUAGGAGGGGGAGGGGCUUGGCUGUGAUGAUGGAUGGCGGUCUAGCUAGUUGGAGUCUAGAAUUUUGGAAAACUUUUAUAAUCAAAUGUUAUGUUAUGAUUUUGAACCUGUUAUUCUUGAACUAUUGAUAAAUGACCAUCAUUAUUCUUACUACUCUUUAA